CGCCGCCGAGGUUCCCGCAGGCGGAGCGGGGCCGCGGGCGCCAUGAGCCAGAGGCAGGUGCUGCAAGUGUUUGAGCAGUACCAGAAAGCCCGGACCCAGUUCGUGCAGAUGGUGGCCGAGCUGGCGACCAGACCCCAAAACAUCGAGACGCUGCAGAACGCCGGUGUGAUGUCUUUGCUGAGGCCUCUUCUUCUGGAUGUGGUCCCAACAAUUCAACAGACCGCAGCUUUGGCUCUCGGGAGACUGGCUAAUUACAAUGAUGACCUAGCAGAAGCGGUUGUGAAGGGCGACAUUCUCCCACAGCUUGUUUAUUCACUGGCUGAGCAGAAUCGUUUCUACAAGAAAGCAGCUGCCUUUGUCUUACGAGCAGUGGGCAAACAUUCUCCUCAGCUAGCUCAGGCGAUAGUGGAUUGUGGAGCACUGGAUACAUUGGUGAUAUGCUUGGAAGAUUUUGACCCUGGCGUAAAGGAGGCUGCCGCCUGGGCACUUGGAUAUAUUGCGAGACAUAAUGCAGAACUGUCACAAGCUGUGGUGGAUGCAGGAGCGGUUCCUCUGUUAGUGCUCUGUAUCCAGGAGCCCGAAAUUGCUUUGAAAAGGAUUGCUGCUUCAGCCCUCAGUGAUAUUUCAAAGCAUUCUCCAGAGCUAGCCCAGACAGUAGUGGAUGCAGGAGCUAUUGCUCACUUAGCCCAGAUGAUCCUGAAUCCUGAUGCUAAACUGAAGCGUCAAGUCCUUUCAGCUCUCAGUCAGAUCGCAAAACAUUCUGUGGAUUUGGCAGAAAUGGUGGUUGAAGCAGAGAUUUUUCCAGUUGUACUCACCUGUCUGAAGGACAGAGAUGAAUAUGUGAAGAAAAACGCUUCUACUUUAAUCAGAGAGAUUGCAAAACAUACCCCCGAGCUUUCCCAGCUGAUUGUUAAUGCCGGAGGAGUGGCUGCCGUGGUGGACUGCCUGGGGUCCUGCAAGGGGAACACGCGGCUGCCUGGCAUCAUGAUGCUGGGUUACGUGGCGGCGCACUCUGAGAACCUGGCGAUGGCCGUGAUCAUCUCCAAGGGUGUACCCCAGUUGUCAGUCUGCUUGUCAGAAGAGCCAGAAGACCAUAUUAAGGCUGCGGCUGCUUGGGCCUUAGGACAGAUUGGGAGACACACUCCCGAACACGCGCGGGCUGUGGCUGUCACAAAUACGUUGCCAGUUCUGCUCUCCCUGUACAUGUCAACGGAAAGUUCUGAGGAUCUCCAAGUAAAAAGUAAAAAAGCUAUAAAGAAUAUCCUACAAAAAUGCACCUAUCUACCAGCUCUCGAACCAUUUCUGUAUGAUGCGCCUCCCAAUAUCCUGAAGCACGUGGUUGGACAGUUCAGUAAGGUGCUGCCGCAUGAUAGCAAAGCUCGAAGACUUUUUGUGACAAGUGGUGGACUUAAAAAGGUUCAAGAGAUAAAAGCAGAACCUGGAUCUCUCCUUCAGGAAUAUAUCAACAGCAUUAAUAAUUGUUACCCCGAGGAGAUAGUAAGGUACUAUUCCCCGGGAUAUUCCGACACACUUCUGCAGAGGGUGGACAGCUAUCAGCCCCUGAUUAACUAAGUCAAGUUAGGGUUUAUGCCCACAUUCACAGCAAAGCAUUUAUGAGUAAUCAUUGUUAAAGCUUGUUCUAAAUAUUUAGACUAAAUGAAUUCUUGAUUUAUUCCAUGUGAAAGACAUUGAGAUAAUAUUUUAAAAGUUGGUACAAUUCUUAACUUCACUAUAUCAGAAACUAUUAAGUGAUCAUUUGCCCUAGAGGUAGAUUUUUUUAAUGACAGUAAAAGUUUAUAAAGCAUAUGUUACUGUACUAGGGAAAACUCUCUCUCACACUAACCCGCCACCCUCCCUUACCCCUCACAUCCUCAGCGAGAUUUAGCUAAGAGAUGAUGCUUUAAAAGGUCCUUAGUUACUGUGAAUUAUUUAUACUCAUUGCAAAACUGCCCUUGGAAACUCUACAGUAGGAUACAGGGGAGACAUCAUCAAGGAAAGAAACCAGGGACAGGGAAAAUCCCUGGGCACGUUAAAUGACUCUGAGGCUGGUUACAUAUUCCACCAACCAAGCAUGUUGACUGUGGAGAUAACUUGUGCAGGUUUCCUCCGGCCAUAGGAAGCUCUGCUCUCUGUCACAAGUGUCUGUGCCCUCUUCCUUUCCCCUCCCUGCUCCUGACUGGGCACGGGCCGGAGGGGAGACAGCAUCAGUAAGCAGUGUGCUGGUGCUGCACACACACUUGGCAGUUUCACUGACGGGUUUCUCAGUGUUUGCCUUUGUAAACAGCCAUGUAAAGCAAUCUUUGAUAUUCCCUGGUCUGAGCUUCACUUCCCCAAAUUUCACCAGUCCCAUUUUCAGGAACUUAAUGGAAUUAAUUUGCAAAAAAUAACCAUCAGGCCAGACGGUACAUGUAUGUUCACUUUAGAAGCUGAAUGGAGGA